AGUGAGUCAUUUGGCGUGGACAAUUGUGAUGGCCAACGUCUAACGCGUCCACAACGCAUCGCCUCUGUCCCACUGCUUCCCCCCCCCCACAGGCCACUCAUGGUACUGGUACAGCGAUUGACCCUCCUCUCAGCCAACUUGGCCGAUGGACACGAGGUGGCCAAGGAGGCCUCCUCCUCCUCCACCAGUCAAUCGAAUGGGCAUUCCUCUGUGAAGCCCUUGUCGCCUCGCACUGCCACUCUGACGCCGGCGCGCCGACGCUACGCUGUUCUGAAACUUCCAUCACCCAUCCAGUUCUUCUCGUACUGCAUCAACUUCCAAACCGUCAUGGCUGGGCCACCUCUCACCUACAACGACUACCUCGUCUACAUCGAGGGCAGGGAGGCGGAGAGAUUGAAGAGUGACGACGAACGAGAGAUCUUUGUGAGUCACCUGUGUGUGUGUGUGCUUUCGGACAUGUUCGAGCUUUCACCGCAGCAAGUGGAUGACCUUCAGAAAACGCCUCGACGUGAGUUAGUCGCCUCCAAGAUUCAUGGAAACCGGAUACAUCGUGCCUUCUGGAACCUGUGCGACGACAAUCGAUCGAUUUGCAAUCCGCGGCUUGGCUUCUACAGUCCACAACGACGCCUCACUUUUGGCCAGUCGACUUUCGUGACGACACUGGCUGCUGUUCUUCUUGAGCUUCUCAGCAUGUGCAGUGGAGGUUUUCGUCGGAGACUGUUGACAGGCGUCUGCUGUCUGAGCACCCACGACCUUGUUGUCCAACGUAGAUGCCAAUCAGCCAGUCUAGACGACGACGACGGCGACAUCUCUGCCACGUCGUCUAUUUGGUGGCUAGUCUACCUUCGUGAUGAGACAUGCCAUAAUUUAAAUGGAGUUUUCGUAUCUGCAGGUGAUAGAUUCAAUGAUUUUACGCUUUUGGAAAAAAUUGCCUACUUGGUCCUAACCGGUUUUACAAUGCGCCAGCACUACUACUUUGCGUGGACCCUAUGUGCUCUGAGUUGUCUGACAUCGGGAUUUGGUUUUGCUGGGUUUAAAGACGAUAAAACACCCGAUUACUCCCUGGUAAAGAGUUUUAACUUCAAGGAGUCUGAGUUUCCAAGAAACAUAAAAGAACUGGCCGACAACUGGAAUCUGCAGACACUGCGGUGGCUGCGAAUUACCAUCUUCGAUCGAUCACCACCAGCCUACCGUGUUGUCUUUGUCUUCUUCGUAUCGGCGUUCUGGCACGGCUUCUAUCCCGGUUACUACCUCUUCUUCACCUCCAUGGCGUGGUUCUCCUCAAUCGGGCGUCAGAUUCGGCGUCGUUGGCGACCGCAAAUUCUAGGCUUCCUGCCGGACACCGUUUGGACGUGGAAACCGCCUGGUGUGAUGGAAGGCACCUCCACCAUCUACGACACCGUCGCGCGUAUCGUCACCUACUUUAUGGUCAAUUACACGGCUCUAGCUUUUGUCGUCUUGUCGUUCCAUGACAGCAUUCUCAUCUGGUCGUACGUCGUGUCUUUUAUUUCAAUUCAUCCACUUUCCUCUCAAUUUGUCCGAUUUCUCUGCCACAGACUACUUAAAUCCGAUAUGAACGGUUCCACUUCGCCGGUCACUUGGUAUGUCUUGCAACCCAACUCCUCCUCCUCCUCCUGCCUACCUCGCGACGUCCAACCUCGAAUCACCACUUGA